AAGGCUUCAUGAUAAAAAAUAAUUCAGAUUUUAGCACCCCAUUUUAAAAAAGAAAAAAAAAACUGGACAUUUCAUAGUGAUCUCUUUCUGUUCGGUUCAUAUAUUUUAUUAAACCUCACAAAUGAAGAGCAUAGCUGUGGUUCUGCUUUAUUUCUUUUGGAAAGUAUACUUUGUAAGUAGUAUGCUAAGUGACAUACUGACAAUGAUACAUUUAAUACACACAAAUGCUAUUUCUGGAGGUUUUUUAUGAACAUUUUUAAUUUCUAUUCAGUGCAAGUUCAGUAGAAUCGGCGUCAGACAACAGUUUUGGGUUAACCCUUUCAGUCCCUGGAUGGCAAUAAUCACAACAAAUUUGAGCGAAAUCUGUGCAGUCAUGUUCUGGAGUGUCAGACAGCUCAUGCCCUGUAGAUAGUCACACACAAAGUUUGAUUAUUAUUUAUUAAGGUGAACAGGUCAUAUUGCAAAUUGCAGUUUAUUUUACAAUGUAACCUCAUGUUGGUUUAGGAGUCUGGCAUCUGUCCUGCUGCCACACAAUAAUCAAAUAAUAAUGAUAGAAUGUGGAAGAUGGGAAAGUGUUAUAUCACAGUGUUUACACCUCCACUGUAAUCUGUCUGACGUCAGGCUUCUUCUCUGUGCCCUGACUGUACGUCAGCUGUCAGUCCAUUACUCUUCCCUCUGAAUUAACCUGAGAGGAUACCUGCGGUCAGACAGCAGCUCCGACACUACACGGGGAACUGAGCACUGAGCAUGAUGGACGGUGUUCCUUUGAAGAUGCCACAGGGUGUCUCACAGGAAGUCAAAGAAGACGUGGAAGUUAUUGUCCCUGAUUAUCUGUCCAAACUGCAGGACACAGAGUAUGAGUUCAGGCUGGAGAACUGGGUGCUAGCUGGGCUGCAGAGCGGCUUUACCAGCCAACAUCGUCCUCAGCUCUCCUCUUCAUCACGACUGCAGCCAUCUUGUCCACCAUACUGGAUGAUGUUCAGCAGCCCGCAGCAGAGCCGCCUGGCCAGCCGCCACUGCUCCGACUUCUGGGAACCCAACCCUCGACAGCGCUCCCACAGCCUCAAGCCUGACUUCCUGCGCAUUACGCUGGCCAUCUCAGACUCUGAGGAUGAUGGAGAAAGGGCCGCAGUGAAAGCCUGCUCUGGUGGAGAUUGUCCCGCUGCUUCAUGUGAGCGAGGUCAGAGGAGAGCCUUUGUCCCUGACUUUCUGAACCCUCCAGCCUGCCUCAGCAGCCUGCCACACCAGCGCAGGAAGAACCUCCGACAGUGCUCCCUGUCAGUGCUGGACACGCCCAAACACCGUGGUCCCAACACAGACAGCAAAUCCCAGAGCCCGCCACACAGGACCCCCACCACCAGAGCCAACACAGUGGACAGGCUGCCCAGCAUCAACAGCCACAACACAACUCACACAUGUCUCAGCCCAGACUCCCGUAGAACCUCCUCUUCUGGUUGGGACUCGUCAGCAGAGCUCCUGUCAGCUCUGAGCCCAGAGGAGAGAGAGCUGCUGGGGGCCGUCACUGCCCGGGGUUACCCCCUCCGUACUGCCAUCAUAGCCCUGCAGAAGACGGGCCCGCAGACCCUGGAUCAGAUCUUGAGUUACCUGCUGGCAUGUGACCAUCUGUGUCAGCUGGGUUAUGAUAUGACUCUGGUAGAAGAAGCUCUGGAGAUGUUUCAAAACUGUGAAACAAAGGCAGAGGAGUUCCUUCAUCUGCUGAGUCAGUUCAAUGAGAUGGGCUUCCAGCAGAACGCCAUCAAAGAAGUUCUGCUGGUCCAUGAAAACCACCGCGAACGGGCGCUGGAGGAGCUGAUGAUGCGUGUGGCGUGAUGGCAGAUCCACACACACACACACACACACACACACACACACACACACACACACACACACACACACACACACACACACCUGACAUCUUAAUUAGUUAUUAACUGCAGGAAAAAAUAUGAAAUCCAUGUUGACAAGGCACAGAGAGAAUAAACUAAACACAUUAUUAUAGCUGAAGAUGGACGUGGCCAAAAGUACAUAUACUGCAUUAUAUGGAUGAUGAUGAUGAUGAUGAUGAUGUUGACGAUGUUCCCAUAUUGCACAUUGUCAGUGCUGUGUUUAUUAACAUUGUGUGAAAGUGAGUAUUCUCUGUGUAACAGUCUCAGGUGAUCUGAGUAGUUGUAAUUGUGGAGGAUUUAUUAAAGAAGUGUCAUAUCCACCAAGGCAGUGUUUUUCUUUAUUAUCAUUCAUGUGACAGGAUGAAUGCUAUUUGCAGGUUUCUAUUUUUAUUCUACUCUUUUCUCUACUUUGUGUUUGGGCCUUUUUGACCUCGUUUCCUGGAAUUAAUCUGUCUGGGGAACUAGUGUCCUCCA